AUGUCAAACGAACCCCCUCAACCCCUCCCCAAUCCCCCCUUCUACAUCAUCCCCAACAUCAACAACCUCCGCGACGCCUCCAUCUCCCUUACCACCACCUCCGGCUCCCGCAUCCGCCCCGGUGUCCUCUUCCGCAGCGCCGAAGUCUCCAAACUCGACCUGGCCGGCUGGACCGCCGUACAUUCCCUCGGCAUAUCCCACGUCUUUGAUCUCCGCUCCAAACCCGAAGUCGACAAGGGCUGGGCGGGCAUCGUCGGCAAAGAUGCCUCGGGCGACGACGACGUGCGCCCCGGUUGGCUGCAGGCUAUGGAGCAAGCGGGCGUAGCGCGCGAGUGGGUGCCCGUGUUUGAAGAGAGUGAUUAUUCGCCCGAGCGACUGGCGGAGCGGUAUUCAAAGUAUAUGGAUGAGGCGGUUACCGGGUUUGUUGAGGCGUAUCGGGAUAUUUUAGCAAACGGGGGCCCGGCGUUUGCUAAGAUUUUGAGCUAUCUUGCGGCUAUUCCGCUAUCUUCUUCUGUAGAGGAUGAUGGGGGCAAGAAGGUUGGGGCGCUGGUGCAUUGUACAGCCGGGAAAGAUCGGACGGGAAUUUUCUUCGGGCUGCUGUUUGAGUUUCUGGGUGUUCCGCGUGAGCAGAUUGCAGAGGAAUACCAACUUACUGAGCUAGGGCUUGCGCAUAUCCGAGAAGAGGUUGUGGGGAGGUUGAUGCAGAGCCCGGGUUUUAAAAAGUACAUGCUGGCGAGGAUGCAGGGGACAAAGCUUUCGGUUGAGGAUAUUGCGAGAAGUCUAAAGGGUGAGGAGGGACAGGAUCAGGUGCAGGUGCCGCCCGAGGUGCUGGAGAAGGGAAGGCAGGCGGCACUUCGGAUGAUUGGGGCGAGGAAGGAGAGUAUGUUUAGGAGUUUGGAGAUGCUGGACGAGGAGUUUGGGGGUGUGGAGAGGUAUUUGAGGGAGAAGUGUGGGUUGGGUGAUCAGGAGUUGGAUGCGUUGAGGAGGAAUCUUUUGGUCGAGUGA